UAGCUGUCCCUUUUUUGUGAAACACCUGUUGCAAAAUUCGUUUCAUAUGAAACAUAAUUUGGCAAAUUUCAAAACCACAUGUACUUGCUAUCAAAAUUGUGAACAAAACUUUGAAAAAUAGAUGUGUUAAGUAACCGAGUAAAUAAUGGCCAACUUGCUGGAAGUGUUAGUGACGUGCGAUUCGAACAAUACAUUAUGGAGCUGCAGUGUUUGGGAUCCUCAUACGGGCACCAGUUUGAUGUCUUACAAAGGCGGCGGAACUGCACAAUCAAAAACCCUCUCCUUCAUAGGUAGUGAUUAUUUGGCGGCAGUUGAGAAGACAAAGCCAGUAUUACACGUUUGGCCUUUGAAUUCACAGCAAACUGUACAAGGAAUGAGGUUCAUUCUGCCAGGGAAAGCAAGUGCUUUUGCAUUUACUCAAGAUGGAUCGUUCUGUGUAGCUGGCAUUGACGAGAAAAUUUAUUUAUGGCAAGUGAGUUCGGGGAGCCUUUUGACCAUCUUAAAUCGUCAUUAUCAAAAAGUGGUCAUGUUAAAAUUCACCCCAGACGGAAAGUACUUUAUCUCCGCUGCUGAAGAUGGUAUGGUCAUGGUUUGGUCACUGACCACUAUUGCUGCUCAUCCAGAAGUAGAACUAGUGACUCAGCAAACAGCUGGUCAACAUGACCCUGUAUACAUGUUCUCAGACCAUUCCCUACCUGUAACUGACUUGUGUGUUAGUAAAACAGGAAUACAUGGCCGUCUGUGCACUGUGUCUAGUGAUAGAACCUUCAAAAUCUACGACUUAGCUACUGGGACAUUACUUUUGAAUGUAGUCUUUGAUGCACCACUGUCUUCAGUCACUAUGGAUGUGUUAGAAUUAAACUGUUUUAUAGGAACCACUGAAGGAAAAAUACAUCAAUUGAAUCUGACAAAUGCUCCUAGAAACCGUGAUGUUGUAUAUGCCGAUGCUGAAAAAAAUUGCCCCACAUUUAAAUCACACACAAAAGCUGUGACAUGUCUAUCAGUAUCACUUGAUGGAGAAACAUUGAUGUCAGGAUCAAAUGAUGAUCAAAUUAUUCUGUGGCACAUAAGAAGUAAGCAACCAACAAGGAUUAUUCAACACAAGGGUCCUAUAACUAACGCUUUCUUCAGUGUUAACUACCCAGCGAUUUAUAAACUUCAGUUUUCCCCAAACAUUGUUUUACAUAGUCUGGACAGAUCAAUGGAAAAAGAAGGUGAUGAGGUGCCUGAACUUGAAAUACUUACUAAUAAAAAUAUAGAAUUUUGGCCUAAACAAUUUGAAACUGAAUCAGACUCAAACACAUGUAUGCCAUCAGAACAAAAGCAUGAUGAUAAAAUGCUACAAGAGAUGGAGAAACUAAAAAAGAUAAAUGCAAAUCUGUACGCUUUAUCUAUAGAAAGAGCAUUGAAUUUUCCAUUGAUUAAUACAGGUAGUAAUAAGAAACGCAAGGAGAAGAAAUAAAUAAUUUUGUAACUUU